CCGCAGCUGCGGCUGAGAUGCGAUCAAUCAGAGUCCUAAUUUAUGAGUGCAGAAUGCAAGAGAACUUUUUCUUAACCCCCUCUGUCGCUUCGUGGAUGACAUCUUGGCAACUAUGGCGAGUCGCAUGGUGAUGUAUAAGCUGGUGAUGCUUGGAGACGGUGGUGUUGGAAAGACCGCUUUGAUGAUGCAAAUGUCGCUGAGAUUCUUUGUCGAGACUUACGACCCGACGACGGAAGAUGAAUUUCGCCAGCAAGUCGUCGUUGAUGGCCAGUCCUGCAUGAUGGACGUUCUCGAUACAGGUGGUGGAAUGAAACAAACAGCGAUGAUAGAUCAAUGGAUCCGCGAUGGCGAGGGCUUCGUUCUGGUCUACAGCAUCUCCUCUCGCUCUUCAUUUAUACGCAUCAAGGAGUUGCAUCACCAUAUACAGCGUCUUAAGGAGCCGUUCACAUCAUCAGCUUGCCAGGCCUUAUCCGCCACCAGCCUUCAACCGCCUAUGCCUAUCAUACUGGUAGGCAAUAAGUGUGAUAUAGAUACGGGGCGUACGGUAUCUGUGGAAGAAGGAUACGCCUUGGCUCGCGAGCUCGGUUGCAGAUUCGUCGAAGCCUCGGCCAAGAACAACAUCAAUGUUGAGGCGGCUUUCCUGGACGUUGUGCGGAUCCUGCAACGUGGACGACAACAAGCGUUGCGACAAGCUACUAGCUCUAGCGACCGGUUAUCUCAGCGUCGGGCCGCCAUUUCCCGUAGUGUGUCGGAUGUUAGUAUGUCUAUCACGAGGCUUUUGUCGUUGGGCCGUAAACAACCGACAAGCCACCGACCUGGUAUAGUUGAAACAAUUUUCGAAUCCCAAGUCACUGGCGUCAAUGAUAGGGAGCAACUAAGAACUCGUUUUGACAGGCACGGAAGACCUGAGGAAUAACAUAGACCCUCCAAACAAGCCGCCUCUCAAAUCGAUGUCAGGCUCUCACCAUGACGUGGUACCAGAGGAAUUGCCUAAAUCUUCACGCUGGCAAGAACUCGGGUCAUUUUGGCCUACAUGGCGGGCUUUAUGUUGGUAUAAGCU